AUGGAAGAGAAAAAAACUGCGAGGGAAGAAAAGGAUCUCAUUUCUGCCGAAAAUAUCUUCCACGACAUUUGCACCUUAACCCUGAACAAGAACAUCGAAAUAGACAUCAUCCAAGAGGGAUUGCUGAAAAAGGUCAUGGGCGAUGAAGAAUCCAAUAGCAUUCAGUUCUUGGAGGAAAGCACUAACACGCAGAAUGAUUUGACAAAACUAAAUGCACAUUUGGAGGUAGACAAAAUAAAUUGGACGCCAAACAAACACGAACUGAGAUACGCGGAUAUUCACAUCACAGUCGAUUUUAACAAGAAGCAAUUAAGUUAUAGCAUAGAUAACUCAAAGAUCCAUAAAUGCUAUCACUACAGAAUUACGCUUCUGCUGGACCAUAUUACACGAGAAGGACUCCCCUUUAAGGAUAGCAUUUUGUAUUUAUACAAUGGGAUCAAUGAUAAGAGUUCCAUGACGUGUCGAUGCUGGCAAGAUGGGAAGAAUGUCGAUAAAUCUUUAAGGGAGGAGGAAUCCAAAGAUCUAAAUAUUAUCAGUAGUGGAGAGAUUGGAGAGAGUAAGAAGUUUUCCACGGAGGAGAAGUUCGAAGAGCAUAUGAAUUGGUACGAACAGAAGGAUAACUUGUUUUUGCCCAAAAAUGAAGACAUAGAACAGUUAAGGAGAGCUCCCAUUUCGUACGCCUUCGACCAGAACAUCAUUUUUUCAAACAAGGAAAAUGACGAUUCGGAUGAUAAACAGUCGCAUAAGUCGUCCCAAGUGAAGCAUCCAAAGAAGGAGGUUUCUAAGAAGGCCGCAGGAAACGUCGAGGAUGGUUCGUCUUCCGAUGUGGAAAUGGAUGCGGAGAGCGCCAGGGAGGUAGGGAAGGAAAAGAAGAAGGGAGACGCUAUCCUAAACGAGGAAGUGAAAAAAAGUUGCCCUGAUGAUAAGGAGGAAGAGCUAGAAGACUUCUCCUCCAAUGAAGGGUACCAACCCGUAGGCGAAGCAGCAGACGUGGACGCAGAAGACGCGAUUAAGACGGGGAAGGAAGAGAGCAGUCACAAGGAUGAAGGCACGGGAUUUUCAAUCAAAGAUUUGGAAGAAAUUAGCCAUUUUCUUCGAAAUGAUUAUAUGAACAAAAAAGGGAAAGGCGGUAAUUCUCUUAUGAUGGGAAGUAGGAGAGGAAAAUACGUAAGAGAAAACGAAAAAAAAAAAAAAUUCAUGAAAAUUAUGAAUGAAAAUAUCCCCCUAACCAUUAUUUUGUCAGAUAAGGGUAACGAAAUAUGCAAAGAAUUAAUUAAUAAAUAUUCGAGGUAUUAUCGAGAUUUUGUAGAAGAACGUGUUUUAGGGUGUGGUGGAUUCGGAUACGUAAUGAAGGUAAAAAACAAGCGAUUUAAUAUUACCUAUGCUUUGAAGAAAAUAACUUUGUGCAGCAGCAAAAAAGGGGCGUGCUCUUACCAACACUCCAGUAGUGACCUAAUGAAUGAAAACAACCGGUACAUAAUGGAGGAAGCGAUAAUGAUUGCGAAGUUGCAACAUGAAAAUAUUGUAAGGUACUACGAUGCCUGGGUGGAAAAUAACAUCGACUACUACCUGCACGAUGAAGUGGAAAAUAAUUACGAACAUGUCAGUAAAAAGAAAAAAAAUUAUACACACUAUAUGGAAGAAAUAGUAAACAUGCGGCACUACUAUAAGGAGAAAAAGGGGAUAGACAUUAAUGAGAAAUAUCUGUACAUACUGAUGGAGUAUUGUCCAGGGAAAACGCUGAGGGAGGCCAUAGACUGUGGGUUUAUAUAUAAAAAUGAGAAACUCCUAUGGGAGUUGAUAAAGCAAAUUUUAAAAGGGUUACACUACAUACAUGAUAUGAAAAUUAUGCACAGAGAUAUUAAGCCGUCCAACAUUUUCCUUCAAAUUAGUGACAAUAUCUUGACAGCCAAAAUAGGAGACUUCGGAUUAACCACCCGAAUUGACAACAAUAGUAAUAAUAUUAACCCUUCCGCAGGAACAGUAAAUUACAUAUCACCUGAACAGUUAAAUGGCGAACAUUUUGAUCAAAAAGCGGAUAUUUUUUCCCUAGGUGUGGUGUUUUUCGAAAUGUUUCACGAGCCUUUUUCUACUCUCAUGGAGAGGUCCAUAGUGUUAUCUAAUUUAUUAAAAGGAAUAUACCCGGAUUAUAUAAAAUCAGAUCAGAAAAUUUUCCACUUUUUAUCCAAAUUGUUAGCCAUAAACCCUCAGGAAAGAUCUUGUGCGUAUUCCCUGCUUCAUGAAAAUUUUUUAUUCUCCUUCGAAAAGGACUUCACCGAAAUUUAUAAUUUAGUGGAGAACAAAAGGAACUGUGAGGAAGUACACACCAUAAUUAGUACCCUCUUUGACAGGGUUGACAAUAGCAAGGAAGAAAGUCUCAUCAAAAAGGAAGACAUGGGAUCCUUUCAAGGCGCAAAAAUGUUUACGGACGAAUCGGAUAUGAAGAAAUGUAUUAAGAAAAAGAUUAUAACUUCUUUGAGAAAAAGGGGAGCCAUUUUUUUAAUCACUCCAAUGAUUUUGCGAAAUAAAUAUUAUACCAAUUUGGAACACUGUCAUGUGGAUGAGAGUAGCAGUUCACACAAUAUCAGCAAGAAAAAGGACCUCAAAAUGUCUAACAUUUUUAUUAACACCAAUAGGAAUAACUACCUCGACAAUUUAGUGUACCUACUAGACAUUUAUGGCAACAGCAUCACAUUGAGGCCCUCCUUUUUUUUCGCCUUCUCUGAGUACAUCUAUGAAAAUAUCGAAUGCUACAAUAGGUAUAAUGAAUCCAAUUUUUUCCUCAAGUUUUACACUAGUGGGUGUACCUAUAAAUAUCCCACCGUUCGAAGCAAGCCACCGAAAAAGGAUCCCCCUGCUGCAGUUUACCCUGAAGAAGCUGAAAAAAUAUUCUAUUGCAUUUUAAUUAGUUCGAAGAAUGUGUACGGACAGGAAGAAUUAAAUUAUCUCUCCAUCUUCUCCAACGCGGACAUUCUGGUAUCUGUCAGCACCUUGUACAACCACAUUUCGUACCUUAACAAGUUGAUAUUUUUAUGGUCCUACAUUGACCUGCUCCCUCUGAUACUGCAUGAAUGUUUAGACAUUCCUCCAGAUCUGAGUGAAGAAAUGAGUAUUCAUUUAAAGAAAAAUUCGCCCCUCCUAGGAAAUAAAGUGAACAUUACAUCCCUGCUACAAAAGUUCAAAAUUAGCAGCAAUAAUCUCUCAAAGGUGUGCGACUUUGUUUAUUCCCUAUUUCAGUUCAAAUGCGAAAAUGGAAAAGUGGACGAAUAUUUAAACUCUUUGAGCAAGUUCAUAUCUGAUGAUUUGAGCAAAAAGGGUGUCCUUCUUCCUCAUUAUAAAAACUCUUCCGCCGUGCAUGGGGAUAAGACGAACACAAGUUAUGGCACUAGUGAUAUCGCCACAGGGGGGGCCAUCGUCAGUGCGAAUACUAGUGGUAAUGUCGCUUCUCCCAGUAUUGCUAGUGGGAGCCCCAGUUCCGGUGCCAACGACUCGUCCCUUAAAAGAGCCCACAUCGUACCGAACGAAAAAACGAAUCCAAGCGCGAUCAGCAAGGUGAAAACCCUUUUGCUCAUAGACAAGGUGAAAAAGAUCAAUAGUUUUAUCGGGACAAGCACCGUCAUGGAAAAUACCUGCUUUGAUUUAUUCCUGAAUUACGAAGAAAGCGUGUUUUCAAAUGAAAUUAUAUUUUAUGUAAUCGCCGAGGGGAAGAACAGGGAUAUCAUAGCGUGCGGAGGGAAAUUCGAUCGGGUCAUUCAGCAUAUGAAGAGCUGGGGCACUGGGGCUGGUACAGUCUUGCCUGGCGGUAUGGGUACCAGCGUGGGCAUAAUCAAUGACACGGGUAGCCGCGUUGGCAACGACUUGGGAAUUUGUCACGACAGCGAUACCUGCUACGGAGUCGACUACGACACGGGCGGUGGUGGCACCGAUUCGAAGCUGCUAAACAUGAAAGCCUAUGGAGUCGAAAUUUAUGUAGAGAAAAUAUUCUUAAAAGUGACAGAGUCUAAUGAGAAACCGGCACUAAAUGUUCAGUCCUCUGCAACAUCGGAGAGGACGCAGAUUUUUAAAAAUAUUUUACCAUCCCCCAAUCAUCAAAAUGUUUUCUCCUGUUCAACAAAUUUAAUCCAAUCUGCAGUUAACAAUGGCCCAUUUAGUUACUCCUCCCCCAAGGUGGUUAUUCAGGUGCAUAAAAUGUCUAACCUGCUGAUAGCCUAUGAUUUGUCCAAACAAUUGUUACACAAGAACAUCCCUUCGUAUAUUUACUUUUCCAUCAAUAAUGCAAACACGAAAAAAAAGAUAAAAAAUUUUAAGCCGCACAAGAUAAGGUUUAUCAUUUCGAUCAAAUCAAGUGGCAGCGACGUCUCUUUCGAUGCCCACAACCCAAUAAAGUUAAAUGACGUUAAUUAUAAAAUUUUUAAUUCGAAAAAUGAGGACUACAGUUUUAUGCAGCAGGAGGAGUUAAUAAAUUACUUAAUUAAGAACGUCUAG